AGAACAUCCAUCAGUGGGUGAGGGAGGGGUAACUGCACAAGCCUUAACUGCGUUGUUUUGGUGGAUUACAUCACAAAAUCGUCACAUGGUGUCCAGUCUGAGCAGGCAAGAGGAGCAUUAUUAAUCCACGGUCCUCUCUCACAGCUGUCAGUACUCUGGCCAGACACUGCAAAAAAAACCUUAAAGAAAGGAGACACCAGAGCCCCAUUGACUGGUUGGACUACUGAACAAGACAACAGGAAAAACAGACAGGCAUCAUGACACAGGGCAAGCUGUUACUUGCAAAUAAGAGCGCCAAUGGCAGUGGAGAAGUCUUAGUGGCGCCAAUUCCUCCCAGCUAUGAAGAAGCCACUGCAGGCACCAGUGCGCCUUGCUACAAUGAUUGUGAGAUGCUCACAGAGUUCACCUGGGAUGACCGUAACAUCCGGAGGAUCUUCAUACGUAAGGUGUACACCAUCUUGAUGAUCCAGCUUUUGGUCACUCUCUCUAUUGUGGCUCUUUUCACAUUCUGUGACCCCGUGAAGGACUACAUUCAAACCAACCCUGGCUGGUAUUGGGCAUCUUAUGCUGUGUUCUUUGUCACAUAUCUGACCCUGUCCUGCUGCUCUGCACCAAGGAGACUGUUUCCAUGGAAUCUGAUUCUGCUUGGCAUAUUUACCCUCUCCCUAUCAUACAUGACAGGGAUGUUGUCCAGUUUCUAUAACACCAAGUCAGUGGUAUUGUGUCUGGGCAUCACAGCAGCAGUCUGUCUCCUGGUCACAGUCUUCAGCUUUCAAUCUAAGAUUGAUCUGACAUCAUACCAAGGGGUGCUCUUUGUCUUCUGCAUGGUGAUGUUUGUCUCCGGGAUAGUGCUGGCAAUGGUCCUUCCCUAUCAUUAUGUACCCUGGUUGGAUGCCACCUACGCUGUCUUGGGAGCAAUACUGUUCACCAUGUUUUUAGCAUUUGAUACCCAGCUCAUCAUGGGUAACAAGCGCUACAGCAUUAGUCCAGAAGAGUACGUAUUUGCCACUCUCAACAUCUACCUGGAUAUCAUCUAUAUCUUCUCCUUCUUCCUCCAAAUCUUUGGAACAAAAAAUGAUUAAACCAUCGGCCCACCUUAUACAAGAGAUGGGAUUUUAGGCAGACAAGAUCAAAGUAUUUUGAAGGUUUGUGAUUUGUGGUGACAAUGCUUCCAAUUGUAACAACUUCAUUUUUUUCCUGAUCCUGAUUAGGCCACAAAUAAUUUGUUAAUCCUAUGUACAGCUAUACACUUACAUAGAUAUGUGUUAGUGUUCAAAUCCAAAAUGUCUACAACCUUUCCCUCUUCUCUAGCAUGUUGUAAACCUACACCACAUCAUAGGGUUAGCUUACUAGCUUUACCAGCAGGAAACAAUCAUUGAUCUUCCUCCAUUUUAAAUAGAUAAAACAUACUGUGAGUGUUCAUAUAAAGCUGUAUUGGUGUCUUUAUGUCCAUUCCUGCCUAUAAAUCAAAUUUGUAUUGCACACAAUAGAUGUCAGUGCUCUUCAAUAGGUAUGUGAUCUACAAUUCAAUAUGCAUGGCUCUUAAAAAGCCUUAACUUUGCCAAGAUAGUCAUCCUAUCUAUUGGGGGAGUCGAUUUUGUGACUGAAGGCACACAUAUGUCUUUAAAAAAUACUAUUUUUGUGUUUCCAAGCAGAUCCAAUGUUGUCUGAAUACUGUGAAUUACAAGAAACACUUUCACUCUUGACAAUCUAAAAAUGUUAUUUAUUUGAUUUGGGAUGUUGCUUCACUUCUGCCUUGAUUUGUUAUCCAUGUUUACUCUGUAGUCUAUGUGUUUAUUUUUCUCAUACUUUUAUUCCACUUAACUUAACUCUGAGGCUGUCAUUUAUUGCAUUCACAUUGUUUAUUAUGUAAUUUGUUUAAUAUGUAUGUUUGAAUCUAAAAUGUUUUGAGUUAAAUAUAUUUAGUAUGUGCAAAAAUAGAUAUUUGGCAUUCUGGUCCUAUUUAUUUUUAAGUAUUUCAUUUGUUUGAAGUGGUGACACUUGAUAAUUAAAUUAAACAGUGCCAUACAUGCAUGGAAUCUCAUGUAACUUUUGAUAAGGCCUGCAGUUGUAGAAAGGCUUGAAUGCUGUAUUUCAUGACAUUUGAAGUGUAUUUUUUAUGACCGAACGAAAUAUAUAUUUCAGAAAGUGUGAGUUUAAAACAUGAAAUGAAUUCAUAAGUCGUCUAAAGUGGCCUUGGACUAUCUUUAUUUGAUGAUAUUGAUGAAAUAUAUUGUGUAAAGAGCACCCUGCAUUUCAUCGAAGCAUUGGUGUUACUGUUUUUAAUUUAUUAAAGAGUGGAUGUGUAUGAAU